AUGGAUAAUGUACAAGGGGAGUCACUAUACACUCCACGUAGAGUUCAGAAAUGUUUGUUUGGCUCAGGUGGAAGUUCAAGAAAAAAGAAAGUUUAUAAAACUCGAAAAGCAGAUACUUUAUCUGGAGACGAAUCAGAUUUAGGACCUAUGUCACCAUUAGAACUUAGUGAUCAAAGUCCUAGUAGUUGUAGUAGCUCUCCAAAUGUUUCACUUCUUUCUCCAAAUAUAACACCUCAAAAAUUAUUUAUAUCAUUUGAUAUGCAUGCAUCUUGGGAUCAGGUACCACAAAGUGUAUGCAAAAAACCGUUAGGUGAUCAUACACGCAUGUCUCUAAAGAAAGCAAUACAAGCUGUGAAGCAUUCUGCACAAAAAGAAAUAUUACCAGAUUCACCAACAUCAUUAUCAAAUUCACCAUUGAACAGUUCUAAUAAGCAAACACAAAAUCAGACAGAAAUUAAAGAUGAAACAGUGCAAGAAACAUCACCAAGACAAUUUGGUAAAGAGUUGCAAAACAAUAUCAUAGAAACUCCACGCAAAUCUGAAAGUCCAGAAGAUAAAUUAAUAACUCCAUUAACUUCAGAGAACAAAAUGAUUUUGUUGCCAAGAUUACAUAGACGUAAAUCAAUUAAUUUACUUGAUAUGAUUGAAAAUUCACCUGAGAGAAAAAAGAAUACGUUAAAGAGGCAUAGAGUUGAAGAAUUAGAAAAUACAGCUACUAAAUUAUUAAAGAUUGAUGAAAAUCAUUCAGUGCCAAAAGUUAGGGCAGCUUUAUUCCAAGAAAAAGAUUAUGAAUUAAAGCUGAAAACUAUAACAUUAAGUGCUAAAACAUUUUAUAGUGUUUCUGAAACAAAAAAGGAUUGUAAGCUUAUUUCAAAAUUGGUGGCACAAAAAUAUCAAAGGAAAUCUUUCACAGGGCAUACAUCCCAGCAUAGAAGAUCUCUGAAAAGACAUACAACGGAAGGAAUCAAUGCUGGUGUAUCACAUAAUAUUAAAAAACCGAAAUCAAAGUCUAAUUUAAAUACUACAAAUAACGAUAAUACACAGAAUACUAUGAAUGUAGAGGAAGAUUUAUUAAAAAAUGAAGACGUAGAAAGAGAGGUACCAGAGAUAUCAAUAGAAAGAACUCCAUCACCAGACAUUGAUCCUAAUAAGCGUUUUUUCAAAAUCAAAAGGUCAUCUAAAAGAAAUUCUUCAGCUGUAGUAACAAUAAAUAAAAAUGUUAAAUUAAAAGUUGCAGCAGAUGGUAAAAUAGUAUUGAAUGAAAGGAAUUAUCAAAGUAUAAGGCAACCACAUAAAAAACCAAAACUUGCAGAUAUUUCUUUUGAUGCAACUGAUUUAUUAGUAGAUGAGCCAGAAUUGGAAGCUACAAUAGAGCAGAAUAAAGUAGCCAAUAUAUUAAAAAUGUUAGAAGAUGAUUGGGCUGAUGAUGAUUAUGAUACUAUGAAAAUACUACAUAAUGCAAAAUUUGGACAUAUUUCACCAUUAAAGCCAGUAGCAAUAUUGAAUGAUGUUACUAUGUCACCAGCAAGUGAACUUAGUAAUAUGACAUCAACUAUGAAUAUUAAAGAUAUUAGUACACCAAUGGUUGAAAAUAGUUCUUUGAAUAAUAAUAAAAACAGUGUUAAUGAAAAUAUAUCAGAAGAAAAAUAUUAUCCAUUAUUCACUAAAGGAUAUUCUGCUAAUAAAAUGUUGAAUGAAAGCAAUAAAAAAUCAACGAAAGAAAACAUAAAUUGGCAAUUAUCUGCAAAACUAAAUGGCAAUGACAAACAGUAUCUCUUAGAUGCAGGGCAAAAAAAUUUUGGAGCAACACAAUGUACAGAGUGCGGUGUUGUAUAUCAAGUAGGAGAUCCAGAAGAUGAAAAUGCUCACCUAAAUUAUCACAAUAAUAGGGGAAGCUUAAAGUUCCCUGGUUGGAAAACAGAACGUGUAAUUAUGGAAGACUCUUUUACAUCAAGUCGAGUAAUUUUGGUAGAACCAAGUAACCCAAAACUAUGUUGGAAGAAAGUAACGCAGAUUUUAGCAUAUGUAGACAGAGAUUUGGGAUUAGUUGAUACGAAAUUAUCAGAUUACGAGCAGAAAAAGGUGUACUUAUACAUAAAGGAAAAAGCUAUUAUAGGAGUGUUAGUUGCGGAACAUAUAAUGUCUGCGCAUCGUAUGAUUCCGGAAUUAUUAGAAUUAGACUGCUGUACAGCAGAAAGUAGUCCUGCUAAGUGUGGCAUAAAUGUUGUAUGGACUGACUUAAACCAUCGUAGACAAGGCAUAGCUACUAAAUUGGUUGAUAUAUUAAGGGCUCAAUUUUAUUUCGGUUACGUAAUGUCCUUAGAUGAUAUAGCGUUCUCAAUUCCAACACCAAGUGGAAAAAUAUUUGCCGAGAAAUAUACCAAAACACGAAAUUUCAAAGUAUACAAUUAA